AUGGAGCCCUUGCAACCGGGCGUCCAUCACUUCGGUGCGCCGCGCGUGACGGCGGAGCGCCAGAGCUCCGACGAUGUGCAAAUCCCACGCGAGCGGCCGACGCCGCGGCGCCUCGACUUUGGGGAGCCGGAGCCGAAGCGGCCUCGCACGGACCGGGUGCGCGUGGGCUACAUCGUGCGGCACCCGCGGCCCCCGACGGGCGACCUCUGCCAGCGGUUGCGCAUGCGGGUCACGGUGGACGGAAAUGAGAGAGGCACGAUCGCCGGCACGAUCGUGUAUCUGCGGCGGCUUCGCCAAGGCGCGAACUUGCACCGGGCCCUCUACGAGCACCGCCAGGCGACGCACGACCUGCACGAGGUGGGCUUGGUGUUGUGGACCGCGAGCGGCCGGGCGCGGGACGACAUUUUGGAGGCGUCGGCGUCCGUCGAGGCCCGGGGCGCGUGGCUGCACGUCGAGACUAUAGAUGUGGACGGCGACCACGCGGCCGAGGCCCUGGCGCAGACGUUGCGGCGGUGCGGCUGCGCGGCGGCGACGCACGUCGCGCGGCCGGCGCUUUCCACGGCCGUGGCGCCGCUCGAGGACGAGUCGUCCGGCGAGGAAGAUACUGAGAACCACGCGGCGGCCUGCGCGGCCGUCGGCUUCUCCCGGAGCGCGCUGAGCCCCGAGGCCCUCUGGGUCGUGACCCAGGAGACGUUGUUCCACGACGCGGCGCGUUUAGAUCAAACGCAGGCGGCGCGGCGCGUCCGGCGCGAGGACCGCCGGGCCGCGGAGCGGGUCCCACGGCGGUCCGUCGUGCCCCCCAAGGAUAUUGGGUUGCGCGACGCGCUCCGGGCCUUCGACCCGAGUUUGUUGGACGAGGACGCCGAGCGGUCUUUAUGUAGGGAGUGCUGCCAGCGCGUCCACGACCAGGGGGCGGACCCGGACGCGGCGGGUGCGCUCCACGUCGCCGUGGCGCUCAAGUCGCCGCGUUUGGUGGCCUGCCUCGUGGACGACUGCGGCGCGGACCCGAAUCAUCGCUUCGACGGCGCCACGCCGCUGAUGAAUUGCGCCGAGGGCCUUUCUUAUUCUAGAUGCGAUUUCAUGAGGACGGGCCAGGUCGCGGAACUGCUCCUCGAACGGGGCGCGGACGCGGCCGCGACGGACUUGCAUGGAAGGACGGCUUUGGGGAGGCUCGUGGACCGCAUGGGCGGCGUCGACGACGAGCGCGCGCUCUUCGACCGGCACCGCCUCGGCGUGCCCGUCUUUUUACAGCGGCUCCUGGCGCCCGCCGGCGGCCCGACGGCCGCGGACGCCGACGCCGCGCGGCGCGCGUCCGGGUUGCAGCUGCGCGACGUGCUCCCGCGCCUCCGCGAGCUCGGCGAGCCCCUCGCGCCGGAGACGCUGCGCCUGGCGGCGCCGCUCUGGAUCUGCGGCUGCGGCGGCUCGGCGGCGCCCGACGUCGCGGGGGGCGCGACGGCGACGGUCUUCCGGUCCCCGGGCAAGGUCCAGUGCCUCGCGUGCGUGGCGCGCCUGCUCGGUGGUACUACAGAGUAA